AUGUGCACUGUUCCUUUUGUCAGAUUAGUAUAGGGAGCUCAACCAGCCACAAUAAUAGUAAAAUGGGAGCUUUCCCUCGGAUCAAAUGAUGAAACAUUCUAAAUUACUAACAUUUUAUGCUUACAUUCUAUUUUCAGAUAUGAAGUACUUAGUUUUGUCUAAAAACCUUCUGAAACUUAUGGACUUGAUCUAAUUCAGUUGGCUAUUAGAUUCCAGAAUUAUGAACUGUUAUUGAAGAUGAUGAACAAACUUGGCGACAAAUUAGAUCUGUCUAAGUAUAAUGGUAAAAGCGCGAAUUUGAUGCCAUUUUUUCAUGAAAUUAUUACAUUCGAGCCUAAACACAUCUACUUACUGAGUCAUAUGAAAACAAAAAUAUUGCAGAAAAAAUUGGAAAAAUACUUUAUGUUAAAAACAAAGAGACUCUAAUGA